AUGAUUAGUAUUCAUAUAAGUAGUACCUCCAGAUCAUCAGGCUCCAUAAAACUCAACUGGAGUCAAGCUGAGAAACUAAAGGAAGAUAUACGAAGCGAGCUCAGCGAUGCAGCUCUUGACCAAUCAUCGUCUUUGCUGAAGCUGAUCGAUACCAUCCAGAGACUAGGAUUUGAUUACCAAUUCGAAAAUGAGAUCAAAAAUGCGCUAGACACCGUAUCCUCGAUUGGGGAAGCUGAUUUUUGUGAGGAGAAAGAUUGGUAUAACAGAGCUCUUAGAUUUAGGCUCCUAAGACAACAUGGGUAUGAAGUUUCUCAAGAUGUUUUUAAGGAUUUCAAGGAAGAGAUAAUGCAAUCAUCCAUCACCAACGAUGUUGAAGGAAUGCUGAGCCUAUACGAAGCUUCAUUCUAUGCUUUUGAAUGUGAAGAUAUCCCGGUUGAAGUACAAGAAUACACAAGAACAAGUCUCGCGGGCAUAGUGCAAAGAAAUGUCGACGAAACUCAUCCAAGGCUUAUCUUCAAGCAAGUAAGCCAUGCCUUAGAGGCUCCCUUAAAUUGGAGAGUGCUAAGACUAGAAGCUAAAUGGUUCAUAGAGAACUAUAAACGAAUGUCAGACAUGGAGCCAUUGUUACUCGAAUUUGCUAUACUGGACUUCAACAUGGUUCAAGCUACAUAUCAAGAGGAUCUUAAGUAUGUUUCGAGGUGGUGGCGGGAUUUGAAUCUGACACAAAUAUUAACAUUUUCUCGGGAUAGAGGGGUGGAGGAUUUUUUCUGGACUGUCGGGUUUUACUUUAAUCCAAAAUUUAGCAACUGCAGGAGACAAAUCACAAAAGUGAUUUCUUUUGUGACAACAGUUGAUGAUAUUUAUGAUGUUUAUGGCUCUCUUGAAGAACUCAAGCUAUUUACCACUGCUGUGGAAAGAUGGGACAUUAACAUGGUCGAAGAACUUCCUGAUUACAUGAAGAUAUGUUUUUUAGCUCUCUAUAAUACCACUAAUGAAAUGGCCUACGAAAACAUGAAGGUCCAUGGUCGGAACACCAUACCGUACUUGCAUAAUGCGUGGGUAGAUUUAUGUAAAGCUUAUCUGGUAGAAGCAACAUGGUUCUACAGCGGUUACACACCAACAUUUGAAGAAUACAUGAGCAACGCAUGGAUUUCAAUAUCAGGGCCUACAGUACAAUUUAUUGCUUAUUUUCUAUUAACUGGAGAAAUUACUGAAGACGCUCUGGAAAGCAUAUGGAAGCAUACAGAUCUCAUGCGUUGGUCAUCCACCACUUUUCGCCUUGUGGACGACUUGGGAACUUCUAAGGAUGAGCUCGCAAGGGGUGAUGUACCAAAAGCAAUCCAAUGUUACAUGCAUCAGACUGGUGCUGAUGAGCGCGCUGCCCGUGAGCACAUCAACCAUUGCAUUAAUGAUAAGUGGAAGAGGAUGAACAAACAGAGGAUUAGUGAACGUUCUAUACUUCCACAGGCCUUUAUAGAUUCCAUGUCUAAUAUGACUCGGAUGGCUCAACAUAUGUACCAGCAUGGAGACGGAUAUGGGGUUUCAGAUUUUGGAACUAAAGAAGAGAUUAUGUCAAUUGUUGUGGAACCCAUUAAGAACUGAAGAGGCAGAAGAUAAUACCUGCUGUUGUAUGGAAUAUAUA